AGGCGACCUUCAAAUGACCUAGAGAAUACCCCCCCCCGCUGCGGAUUUACCCCCUGGAUUUUAUCGGAGAGGGAGAUAUACCCGGUUCCCGAAGGGGCAGAUGGUCGGCUGGUUGGCGUCCGGCGGGCCGUGUCGGGUUUCUGUUCAGCGUCUUUUCAGCCGAAAUGCCGCGUUGACGGGGGUCCGCGUGGGAAGCUGCAGCCGGCCGACCCAGUAAAAUGCAUCCAGCAAACUGGGAGGAAAUGGAAAUGCAGAGCGGUCCCAGCGAGAAGUCCGGCUGCAGGAAAACCGCAAGUACCCCCUAAACCAGAUCACCUGAAAGCUGGAUUCCCGGAAAGGACCAGACAGCGGAUUCCUCCAGCGCCAUCCAGACCCCUGCCCUCCGUCCCCAAACCCCCCCGACGUCCCGGGGCCCGGGAGCAGAACAGGCCGCCGGACAUCAGCAUCCUCAUCGAGAAGUUCGAAAGUUUCAGGCAACCGGUCCAACCCGCGAAGAAACAACGUAUCAAUAUUAAUAUGGAAUUAGGAUCAAAAUCCUCGAAAUGUCCUCGUCUGUCCUGCAAAGACUCGGCCGCAGAGAUCGCAAGCGAGGAGCGGACGGCGCCGGAGGAUAACGAAGCCGCCAACUGCGAGGCUCUGAAAUUCAAAGGACUGAAUAUCGCCGACGGCAACGGGGAGAAUCCCGACGGGAUCCUCGAAGACGAGCCCCGGAGAGAUAACGGCAACGAAGACUCAACCAUGGACCCCAACGACAACGGCAAAAUUCCCAACCGAGACAGCGGGAUCGACAGCCCCUCGUGCAGCGUGGUGGGGGAGGUGUUUUCUAGCGACGACAUUGCGGACCCCAAAAAACUUACUUUGCCCGUCAACGCCAUGGAGACGGGGAAGGACAGAAAGGAUCAGGCUUCGUCUGUGGACCGAAAGCAGGACUUUCUUCAAGAAGAAGACAGCGACAUGGAUGAAGGAAGCAGCGAGGAGCACGACUCCAUCGACGCGCUCAAGACGGACCCCGUCGAUUCUGUGAAGUGUACGGAGCCUCAGAAGCUGUUUAAUAUCGCCAGCGAGCUGCUUCAUACGGAGGAGGCGUACGUUAAGCGGCUGCAUCUGCUCGACCAGGUUUUCUGCACUAAGCUGGUUUCGGCCGGAAUUCCAACCGACGUAACGAACGGAAUUUUCUCCAAUAUUUCCUCCAUCUAUUGUUUUCACGGUCAGUUUCUGCUGCCGGAGCUGAAGACGCGAAUAACGCAGGAAUGGGACUCCAAUCCGCGGAUAGGCGACAUCCUCCAGAAACUCGCUCCUUUCCUGAAGAUGUACGGCGAAUAUAUAAAGAAUUUCGAUAAAGCCAUGGAGAUGGUGAACGCCUGGACCCAGCGGUCGGCCAUCUUUAAAGACGUCGUUCACACCAUCCAGAGGGACGACGUGUGCGGGAACCUGACGCUGCAGCAUCACAUGCUCGAGCCGGUGCAGAGGAUCCCGCGCUACGAGUUGUUGCUGAAAGAUUAUCUGAAGACGCUGCCGGGGGACGCGCCGGACAGGAAGGAUUCAGAGAAGUCCCUGGAGCUGAUCUCCACCGCCGCCGACCAUUCCAACGCAGCCAUUCGGAAGAUGGAAAAGAUGCACAAACUCCUGGAGGUUUACGAGCGUCUCGGGGGGGAGGAGAACAUCGUGAAUCCGGCCAACGAAUUCAUUAAAGAAGGACAUAUCCAGAAAUUAUCUGCCAAGAACGGGACCACCCAGGACCGCUACCUCUACCUGUUUAAUUGUAUGCUGCUUUACUGCGUCCCCAAACUGCGGCUGAUGGGGCAGAAGUUCAGCGUGCGCGAGAAAAUCGAUGUCGCCGGACUUCAGGUCCAGGAAAUUGUGAAGCCGAACGCAUCUCAUACGUUUCUAAUAAUAGGGAAGAAGCGGUCGCUGGAACUCCAGGCCAGGACGGAGGAGGAGCGGAGGGACUGGAUUCAGGUCAUUCAGGCGACGAUCGAAAAGCACAAACAGAACAGCGAGACGUUCAAGGCGUUUAACAGCUCGUUUUCCCGGGAGGAGGAACACUGUCCCGAUUCUCCCAUACCGGCGAGCGGCGCUCAGUCCGAUUCUACCCCGGGGUCUGACGGCUGCGGCUCUCCAGGAGGGCCGGACUACUUCAGAAAAUCUAAAAUAAAGAACUGUAAAGGCUGCGGAGAGAGCUUUAACUCCAUCACCAAGCGGAGGCAUCACUGCAAGCAGUGCUCGGCGGUGAUUUGUGCGAAAUGCUCCGAAUUUAAGCUUCUCCCAGAAAACGGGAGGCAUCACAGAGUCUGUAAGGAGUGUUUCCCGCUGUCCGCGGCCGGCCCCUUCUCUCCGGGGGGAGCAGAUCCUGCCGGAGAAAUAAAGAAGAAAACCAAUUUCGAGACGAGAAAUUCAUUGUCUCCGGAGAACAGCGUUUUCUGCAGUAACCUCCUUUUUCUGGAGAAGGGGAAGACCUGGAGCAGGGUCUGGGUCUGUAUACCCAAGGCUGAGCCUCUUGUGCUGUAUCUUCAGCUCUGCGGUCAGGACGGGAAAUCCCCCCGCGCCAUACCGCUGCCCGGAUACGAAGUGAGUUUAGCCGGCGCCGCCGACAAGCUGGACCUAAAGCACGCGUUCAAGCUGAGCCAGUCCCAGCAGACGCUGUUCUUCGGCGCGGAGGACGAGGAGUUACUCGGCAAAUGGAAAGGAAUUCUCAGCCGGGCCUCCAAGGGAGAGGUUUGGGAUGAAACGGACGAGCCGGACGAGGCGUAGGAGCCGCUUUCCGAUCUUCUUACAACGCGUCCUCCAAACGGCGGCUCCGGAGCCCCAUCGCGUAGCUUGCUGUACGUUCUUGUGUUGGCCGACCCGGGGCGCUGCGGACCCUCGGGGGCCGUUUUCCGUGCCGUUUGUCCCGUCAGGAUGUCGUAUUUCCUUGAAUGGGUCGAUCCGUUAGAUGUCGCGCUCUACGGCUCCGCUAGUUUUGUAUAUAAGUUUAUUUAAAAAGAGC